AUGACCAACAACGCCUCCACCACCGUCACCACGGGUGCCGUCGCCACCAACGGGUCGUCGACCAAGUCGGCCUUCACCGUCAAGGCCGGGCUGGCGCAGAUGCUCAAGGGCGGCGUCAUCAUGGACGUGACCAACGCGGAGCAGGCCCGCAUCGCCGAGGAGGCCGGGGCGUGCGCGGUCAUGGCGCUGGAGCGGGUGCCCGCCGACAUCCGCAAGGACGGGGGCGUGGCGCGCAUGUCGGACCCGGAGGUGAUCCGCGAGAUCCAGCAGGCCGUGACGAUCCCCGUCAUGGCCAAGGUGCGCAUCGGGCACUUUGUCGAGGCGCAGAUCCUCGAGGCGCUGGGCGUCGACUACAUCGACGAGAGCGAGGUGCUGACGCCCGCCGACGAGGCCUUCCACAUCGAGAAGGCCGACUUCAAGGUGCCGUACGUGUGCGGGUGCCGCAACCUGGGCGAGGCGCUGCGGCGCGUGGGCGAGGGCGCGGCCAUGAUCCGGACCAAGGGCGAGGCCGGCACGGGCGACGUCGUGCAGGCGGUCAAGCACAUCCGCACCGUCAACGCCGACAUCGCGCGGGCGCAGGCGGCGCUCAAGGAGGGCGGCUCGCUCGCCCUGCGGGCCAUGGCGCGCGAGCUCGGCGUCGACGCCGAGCUGCUCCGGCAGACGGCGGAGCUGGGCCGGCUGCCCGUCGUCAACUUUGCGGCGGGCGGCGUCGCCACGCCGGCCGACGCGGCGCUCAUGAUGCAGCUGGGCUGCGACGGCGUCUUUGUCGGCAGCGGCAUCUUCAAGUCGGGCAACGCGGCCAAGCGGGCCAAGGCCAUCGUGCAGGCGACGACGCACUUCCGCGACGCCAAGGUCCUGGCCGAGGCGAGCACCGGCUUGGGCGAGGCCAUGGUCGGCAUCAACUGUGAUAGCCUGCUGGACAAGGAGAAGAUGGCCGGCCGUGGGUGGUAG